GCACGAGGCAGCUAAGAGGUCGAGGCUGACUCUGCCAAGCGAGGGUAUCCCCGAGUUCCUUGCUGGAGACUGUUAAUAAUUCACCGUUGAGCUAGCAAGGAAGCAGCUCGAGCUAGUGAUGCAUCGUGAGGCACAAGCUGGCAGGCCGUUGGCCCCCGUUGGCGACCAAAUUCCUUUGAAGAACUGAAAGACAUUUUAUUUAUUUUUCGUCAGCCGCCAGCACAGCCCUCUUUUUGACUUCACUUCUAUUCGAGGUUCUAAAUACAAAGAAUCGCCUAGAUUCUCGUGAUCCUGUUCCCACUUUUUUUUUCUCUUAUCCAGAGAUAUAUAUUUCUCUUGCCACUGCCGAAUUGCAUUGCCAAUUUGGCGUAACAUAUUUGAUUGCUACGUCGCCCUCGGUUGACUCGACUCUAGUAGUCCGGUGAUCCCUUCCUGCGCAUGAUCUAGGCUCGCCCUGCUGCGUCAUUCCACGUCGACAUUGCACUCGUUCUCCCAGAAAAUUAGGCCUAAUCUUUGGGCCUUUCCGGUAAAUACGCGCAAAUAACCAACCUCUUCCCAAAAAUCAUGGCCUGGGGAAAGUCCGCCAAACCGGCAGCUCCGCCGUCCACUAUAAGCACCCUCCUGCCCCUCAUAAUCCUCCUCGUUAUAGUCGGCAGCAUCGCUUUUGUCGCCUACCACGUCUGGGUCGCGUCGCAAAACAUUGGCAAGCAGGCUAGCGCAAAGAUGGGCAAGAAAAACGUCGUGUUUAGCAAGGACGGCAUGCGCGUCGGCGUGCGCCACGUCGAGAACGAACGAUACGUCGACGCGACGCAGAAAUGGGUCGUCAAGGCCUGGGACCAUGCGAGUAACGCCAAGGGCGACGGGAAGAAGAGCAAGUAAUCAGGAGCGCAGAGUGAAGAAGAACGAAAGACAACCCCAGAAUUAGAGAUGGCCUUGUUGAAAAGACAUGUGCGGAGAUCUCUCGUUGGCCUAUUCAUUCAAAUAGACGUCACAACGCUCUGUAUGCUGUCAGAGGAAUAGGGAUAGCUACGCUAUGACGUAGCGACCAACGUCCGACAAGAACAUAUUGCGCAUGGCGCAGACUGGACGAUGUAGACGGCCCAUGAUGCGGUGGGCUUUUGCAAUGCAGGAACGGGGUGUGCCUUGACACGUCCGUGGGAGCUUACAUAAAAUAUCUCUUCAAGAUACCCAGGUACCGAAAUACCUACCUACUGGGAUGGUUGACGUACUUUAUUUGUACAAACUUGUUUGAUGACUGGGAGGGCGGGACCUUUUUUUUCCAUUUAUGAAAUUGAGCUAUUGAGAGCCACUGACUGGUAUUGGGACGCAAUAGGUGAUAUAUCCGUCCAUGAUUAGAAUAUUAGUAGUCUAGACCUAGUCCAUUUUGUGGAUGCUUAUCAUUUGUGAAUUACUGAGAAACUCGAUCCAG